AUGAACAGAUUACUGAAGACUAAAAAUGACUUCCAACAAACCGGAAAUGGCCAAUUAUCUCCCAUUCUACAUACAAAAGUGUCUAAUGCCGCUAGUAUCGUUAAGAUUGUUAAUGGUGAUAAUGCUGACAUAGAAGAAUUUCCAUGGCAAGUCUCUAUUCAGACCAAUGAUAAUAAUUAUUGGGAGAGUCAUUGCGGGGGAGUAAUUAUUGCUGAAAACUGGAUUUUAACAGCUGCUCAUUGCACUUUAUUUAGCUCCAGAACAAAAGAUGGAUACCGGGUAGUAGCGGGUAGUUCUUUGUAUAGUCAGCUGAACGUUACUAGAUACGUGAAGGAUAUUUAUGUGCAUAAAAACUUCCAGAAACCAGAGAUACUUGAUAAUGACAUUAUGCUUCUUGAGCUUAAGAAACCACUUAUUUUUGGUUCGAAAAUCAAUAAAAUAAGCUUGGACAGAGAUAUAAGUAAAAAUCGUACAGGAGAGCAGUGUAAAGUAUCCGGAUGGGGAAAUACAAAUGGAACAAAGGAUGAAUUUAACAAACUGGAUCGUCUGCAAGAAGCUUCUGUACAAAUUAUCAACCCUGAUAGCUGUAUUAAAGUCUAUAAACAUGGUUAUUCUGUGCUGGCAAAUACAAAAGUUUGUGUCCAGGGAGAGGAGAAAAGUUCCUGCGGCGGUGAUAGUGGAGGCGGAUUGAUAUGUAGGGAUGAAGAUGAAAAUACGGAAAAGCUUGUUGGGCUUGUAUCACUUGGAUUUGGUUGUGAUGCAAAAGUACCAAGUAUUUAUAGCAAGGUUUCUGCAUAUUUAGAUUGGAUUACUACAACGAUGAAUAGGAAAGGUAAAAAUGGCAAAAAUAACACGAAAGACAAGAAAGACAACAAAAACAACAGAGACAACAAAAACAGGAAAGACAAAAAAGACAACAAAAACAACAAAAACAACAGAGACAACCCAAACAGGAAAGACAAGAAGGAUCAGAAAAAUAAAAAUCAGUAGAUAAUAAAGUUUGAAAUGCU